GAAUACUUGGCCCAGCACACAGUGUCCCCCCCCCAUGCUGCAACCUACUAUUGCUGUCCGUUGGAACACUGAAACCCCUCAAAGUAAGCAUACAUAAACAUGGAGUCAAAGUGAGCACAUUUGGAGGCUUUUAGGCAUGAGGAAAGCAAAUCUCGGAGGGAAUAUGAAAGGCGGCGUUGUGUGCGAGUGUUUCUGUGUGGGUGGCUUCCUCCAGUCUCCUCCAGGCUCUGUGCUACUUUUCUCUGCAACAUAACACAUUUUCCAAUAUUUUUUUUUUUUUUUUACCAGACUUCAUUCUGUAAUGAGGAUCAUUUAUUUGUCGUAUUUCACUAUAAUUCUUUGGACAAGUCGGUUCAAUGUUAAUGAGAUAGUUCCGUCUUCUGCAUUCCUCAACAUGCCCUUGUGUUGGUUUUAUUAUCGCAUCCUUCAAUAUUUCAACUAUUGCACAAUGUUUCCCCCCGCCCCGUAAAGACAGCUGUCUUUGUGUUACUAUGACAAGCUGAUUAUUACAAUCUAAUCACGAUCAGAUGAGAGCCGAACACAGAUUUCUGCCCUGACUGCCACUCACUGCCAGAGCCCGAGCGUGGUUUCCAGGGAAACUGGAAAUGUGAAGCUUUUCAACAGCUACAGCAGCCGCGGCUUAAAGAGCGACGGACGCCUCAGACAGAUUCUUCUAGAGACAGCCCAGCACAACAGUCAAGAGCGGGGGAGAGAGAACGCCACACAUGCCAGAGUCCAUCAACACCAAGUUUCGACCAUGUUUGACCUGAAUCUGAGAACGGGUCUCGCAGAGGCUUCAUCGGUUUGAUUUCAGCGCUCAGGAACAUCUGCUACUCAUAAGCGGAGACACAAUGGGAAGCCUGAGGGAUGAGACGCCAGGUUUUGGCAAAGAGGACGGAGAGCAUUCGCCAGAUGAUGCCGUGCUUGAGAGGCCCGUGGUGGGCACCAAUCAAGAAUCUGCUGGAGGAGUGUCGGGUCAGACAGAUCCGCUUCAUAAUACAAGCCAUGCUGAUGAUGAAAGCUUUGUGGAAACAAAAGAUGAAUCACAAUCAGGGCGGGAUGUUGAGCACGCCAAUGCGCCACCACCGAUGCUUGACGGAACAAUAGCAACUGAGAGGCUCCUCCACUGUGGAGACGAGACAAUUGAAAAGGUGUCUGAGGACAACACCUUGUUUCCUUUGCCAUCAACUGUGGAUCCCAAUGACCCAAACUCCCCUGCACCUUUCGGGCAGCACCACAUGCGCACUCAGGUCAGUCUGGAAGUGGUCCAAUGUCACUCAAUAGCCACCAGCCCUAUGACACCGCCUGAGGGGGGUAAUUCCUUCAUCUUCCCAAGCUCCUUGAGGAAAUCCGGCACCGUGGUGCACUCUGACGCUCACGAUGCUGAACCGCAGGUGAUGCGACAAGUGGAGUUCUGCUCGGUGGCGACAUCCCCGAUGACGCCAAAGACGCCCUCCGUCACAGCUUUCCCAGUACUUACUGGGCGCGCACAGAUCACGGCUAUAGCAAAGAGUCCGGCAGAAGCUCAGUCUGAUAACGUCAUCAACUCGGAUGCUUCUCCAGAAAUCUCCGCCUGUUCUGCUGCUGCUGAGUCACAGUUGGAGGAUAGUAACAAGCAACAAUGGAUGGGAAGUAUGGACCAAGACAUUACAAUCCUAGUGACCCACUACGAUAACAAGGAGGCUUGUUAUCCUGUAACGCCAGAGAUGGUCAAGAUUGAGGAAAGUCAUAAGGAGAAGGCCUCCGAAGGGCCCGAUCAGGGACAGAACACCACAAGCACAAAACUUUCUCUUAGCAAAGUUCAAACCAGUGAAGCAGAGGGAGAACAAACACCUUUAACUGUCAAACUCAACAAAAUGGAGCAGAAAGCUGCACCGAAGUCUCCUAUCCCUGAAUCUCCUGCGCCUGUCGGCUUCCACAACAUCCGCACACAAGUGAGUCUGGAAGUGGUGCAGUGUCACUCAGUGGCCACCAGCCCUAUGACCCCACCUGAGGGCGAUCACGCCUUCCACUUCCCAAGUCCUAGCGGGGUUCAGAUUCAAGACGGCGAGAUGCAAGUCGGUCAACAACCGGAGUUUCGCUCUGUUGCUACAGCGCCGAUGACGCCCAGAACGCCCACCGUUACAACUUUCCCUGAGAUCAGAAAAGAGGCCAGCGUAGGGGAGAACAUUGGGGAGGAGGAGGGAGAAAAGGAAGCAACUGAGGAAGAGGAAAACGACUGCAAGGAGAAGAGCGAGGAGGUGGUGCAGGAGCACUUCAGACUUGAGCAUGAAACCAUGGCAACAAGUUCCCCGUCUCCCGGUUGCUAACAGGCUGCAUGGAUGGAGAUGGAUCUGAGAGUCACGGCCCUGGGGUCGAUAAGUAAAACCGAGAGGUCAUGUCGUGUGGGAUAUGAAAUACAAAUGGAUUUACUGUAAAAGUCGGUGCAGCUUUUGUAUGUUUCCUCGUACUCUGCUUUUUUAAUUUUGGCACCAUUUUCCGACUUAUUUUGUGGAAAAGUGAGGCACAAAAGCACAAUCAUAAACUUUAGUUAUGCAAAUGUUUUCUGUCAUUCUCACUGCGAUAUUGGCCAGUGCUACUUGUUUAGCUGUUGAAUUAAUGAUUGUAUCCGUUUCUGAAUUGUUGGUCUUUGAUGUUUUUUGUGAAGACAAUUAGAAGCACAUCUACGUUUGAGGAAUGUGUUUAUUCAUUUAUUGCACUUGUAAUACAUUCAUUUAGAUGUGACCAAAUAUUUUCUGUGCUCACGCUGCAUGAAGAUGCAAAACGUCAGUAAAAAAACAACAUACAUAUACAUCUUUUGUCAGAUAACAAUUGGGUGUCAUCCAGUGCAAUACACUUUUGUUGUAUUGUGUUUAAAGAUGACAUCACAGUGUGCGUUGCUACUAUGACACUUAAUUUCAAAGCAAAACAAGUUUUCCCAAAUCACUGCUUUAUGACAUAUGAACACAAAUAAAGCCAUUGCAGUGUGCACAAACCAUUUGUUUUCCUUAUUUUGUAUCUUCUUGAUUAAGUGGGUUCAUUACAGUUCUACAGUUAAUGUGUCGCCACAGUUGAAUUGCAGCCAAAGCUCCUUUAUAAGCUGGAGAUGUUGGCAUGAAUGGAUGAAGCAAAUCAUACCCAA